AUGCAACGUGUUCAGUCGCUCCGACCGCUUCUACCCAAAGGCCAUGUCACCUAUUAUAAAGACCAAUUAUUGAUAACUAGAGGAGAGAAACAGUUCCUGUUCGAUAACAACGGAAAGAAAUAUCUCGAUUUUUUUGGCGGAAUUGUCACCGUUUCAGUUGGACAUUGCCAUCCGAAAAUCAACGAAGCGCUUGCCCAACAAUCGAAGAAGCUGUGGCAUACCACCUCAAUCUAUCACACCGAACCAAUCUAUGAAUAUGCUCAAAAACUUCUCGGCAAAUUCCCUGAUCCACUAAAAGUGGUUUUCUUUGUGAAUUCCGGAUCGGAAGCGAAUGAUUUGGCUCUGGCUCUUGCGAGAAAUUAUACCGGAAGAUUCGAUGUAAUUUCGAUGAGAAACGGUUACCAUGGAAUGACACAAACUGUCCUCGGAGCAACCAACUUGGGUAAUUGGAAGCCGGUAUUCCCCCAUGGUUUCAAUAUUUUCAAAUCCUUGAAUGCUGAUCCCUACCGUGGAAUUUUCGGAGGAUCGAAUUGCAGAGAUUCUCCAGCUCAGGUGAAAAAUCGCAAGUGUAAUUGUGGUACCAAUCAAUGCGAAGCUUCUAACAAGUACAUUGAACAAUUCGACGAGAUGCUUCUUCAUGAUUUCUCGCAUUCAUCUGGUCCGGCGGCCUUUCUUAUCGAGUCGAUUCAGGGUGUUGGCGGAACUGUUCAAUAUCCAAAAGGAUAUCUGUCUCGCGCUUACAAAUCUGUUCAAAAAAGGGGUGGACUUGCUAUCGCCGACGAGGUUCAGACAGGAUUUGGACGACUGGGUUCACACUUUUGGGGAUUCGAAUCACAAGACGCGAUGCCGGACAUUGUGACGAUGGCAAAAGGAAUUGGAAAUGGAUUUCCACUAGGCGCUGUCGUAACAACCAAAGAAGUCGCGGAUGCGUUUAACAGAUCAUUGUAUUUCAACACUUAUGGUGGAAAUCCGUUGGCUUCAGUUGUUGGAAAAGCGGUUUUGGAAGUCAUUGAAGAGGAAAAAUUGCAAGAAAACUGCGCGAAUGUCGGGGAUUAUUUCAUCACGCAGCUUAAUUCGUUGGAUGAGCCAGCAAUUGGGGAUGUUCGUGGAAAAGGACUUAUGAUUGGCGUGGAGCUGGUCGAUGAAGCUGGAAAACCAAUGCCUGCUGCAAAAACCGCCGCCAUUUUUGAAGAGACCAAGAACCAAGGACUUCUAAUCGGAAAGGGAGGAAUUCAUGGAAAUGUCCUUCGAAUUAAACCACCAAUGUGCAUCAGCAAGCAGGAUGCUGAUUUUGCGCUCGAUGUGAUUUCGAAAGCGAUCAAACAAUUCAAAUAA